AUGAGACGUGGAAUUCCAAAUGUUAUUUCCCUUUCUGAAACAGAGCUGAAGAUUCGCAACUUACUUGUUGAUUAUUGUAACCACUACAAUGCAUCCAAUCAAGACAAACCAUUGAUUUUGAGAAUCACAGGAGGAUGGGUAAGAGACAAAUUACUUGGAUAUGACAGUCACGAUAUUGACAUCGCUGUCAAUCGUCUUUCAGGGGAGGAGUUUGUCCACAAUUUCCAAGAGUAUUUAAAGAGAAAAGAUCCACAAUUUUCUGUUAACCAUGUACAUACGAUAAAGAUGAAUCCGGAAAAGUCAAAACAUUUAGAAACUUGCACGACAAAAUUGUAUGGAAUUGAUUUGGAUUUUAUCAACUUAAGGUCAGAAGAGUAUGCACAUGAUAGUAGAGUCCCGACUAUUGAGUUUGGCACUCCGCUCCAAGAUGCAUUAAGACGUGACGCCACAUUGAAUGCAUUGUUUUACAACCUUAACGAGGAAAAGAUUGAGGAUUUUACGGAAAGAGGGAUGGAUGAUUUGGAGAAUGGUGUAUUAAGGACACCACUUCCUCCAGUAAAGACUUUCUUGGAUGAUCCAUUGCGUAUUCUCAGAUUGAUUCGAUUUGCUAGCAAGUUUAACUUUGCAAUCGAAGCAGAAACCAUGGAUGCAAUGAGAGAGAAGCACAACCAGCAGGCUCUUCUGACAAAGAUAAGCAAGGAGAGGAUUGAAAUAGAGUUGAGAAAAAUUUUAACCAGUCAUAAUCCUAGUUAUGGAUUGCAAUUGAUCAACUACUGCGAUCUCAGUCAAAGCAUAUUCUUUGUUGAAGAGCUUGAAAAGGAGUUUGAUGAUUACCAGUUGGAGUUAGCGUUGAGUAAGAUUCCCCACCAGGUCAAUGUUGCAAGUGCAAUUUAUCUUACCUUUGAGCAACUCAUUCUCGACUCAAAAAUCAAAUCAGUAUUUCGAAAGUUCCUAGCAGACGGUGACACAAGGUUCAACUUUUGGCUUUCAGUUAUUCUACAUCCCUACUCUAUUGUCACGACAAAAUCGAAAGACAUAUACCAUCAAUAUUUGAGAUUGGGGUUAAUGGCGAAAAAGAGUGACAUCACUAAGAUCUCCACAAUUGACAUGACGAGCAACGAAACACUACAAAGAUAUUUCCACAACCCAAGUAGUGUUAAGAGAUCGGACUUGGGGAUCUACUUGAGGCGUUUCCCUGGAUUCAUGGACCUAAACUUGAUUGUCCAAUGUUAUCUAGAGUGUGUGGAUGCUAUACGUAUCGGGACUCCAGUGGAAAUUCCUGUACCCAACCAUAGUGUACAAUGCACCAGUGACCAAGUGAAGACAAUUCAAAGCAUUAUCAACAGGUAUGAAUCAUUGUACUCCACUAUUGACUCCCUAAAUCUUUCUGAGGUUCACCUUAUGAAACCACUUCUAGAUGGAAAGCAACUAGUAAAGCAUAUACAAAGGAAUCCUGGGCCAUGGAUGAAGCCAGCUAUGGAUAAUGUUCUUCUUUGGCAAUUGGAUAAUCCUUUGGGUACUAAAGAUCAAUGUUUAGAGUACUUAAAAUCAACUUUGUAA